AAAUUUUUAUUUCAAUUUUAAAUAAGACAAAUUAAAAAUUUUAAAUGAGUUCUAUUUAGAUUGUUUUUUAAAAGAAAUGAGAUUAAUUCUUAUAACUUUAUUUUGAGCUUUUCUCGAGUUUCAAUUUUUUAUUUGUAGACAUUUAAAAAUAAAAAAUUUAAGUUUUCCACUAUAUGGCGUUAUGUAAACUUGAAAUAAUUAAUAAUUAUAUUUAGCUAUUUUUAGACUCCAGUAAAGGAUAAGUUAAUGUAGCUGAUGUGUAAAAAGUUUAAAGUAAAUUAAAUUUUCUAAAUACAAAAUUAAUACAAACAAGCGUUCCACUGGAGUCUUUAUUUUAUUAACAAGCGAUUGCAAAUGAGAGCUCAUAAAUUAUUUCAGGACGAUAAACAAAUAAUGAAAAGCACAAUCUCUAGUGCGAAACUGUGAUAACAACUUUUUGCACACUCAUAUCUCAACUUGGUCUACAAGCAGUUGAUAAUAUGGAGAGCCCGAAACAGGCAUUUUUGAGUGCGAGUGAGGUGCAAACUGCCCUUCAAAAGGCCGUCGGACCGAAUGCGACCCUGAAGGGCUACACCCUGAAGCCCGUUUCACAAAAGGUCGGAUUCAUGGGUGAACAUUUCAACGUGCUCGUGGAAUAUCAGGAGAGCCGCAUUUCCUAUCAGACCAGUUUCUUCGUCAAACGCGUUCCGGACGCAAAAUUGCUUCGUGACUUUAUUUCAAAAUUCGGGCUUUUUGCCAAGGAACGCGAAAUGUACGAAAAACUAUUGCCAAUGAUGUGCAAAGCGCUCAAAGUGUCAAAACUUCCAGUUCCGGACUGUUUUAUAAUCAGCGAUGAAAAUUAUUUACUUUUUGAGGACUUGCUUCGGGCAGGGUACAAACUGAGGGACAAGAACCAGUAUCUGGAAAUGGCCGACUGCAAGGCCCUGAUCGAGGCCGUUGCCCAACUGCACGCCGGAAGCGUCGCAAUUGAGGCCAAAACUGGCAAAAUGAUGGCCUUCCAUAUGAGAAACUAUGACAAAGUGGGCAAAGCAAAUGAAAAAAGCGACGAUCUGGACAUCGCAGCCUCUUGGCACGCGGCCAGCCUGGCUUCCACCCUGGGACUUAUUUUAAAAAUGGACGAGUUCAAAAACAGGGUGGCUCAGGUGCCAAAAGAAAAACUCCUGCUGAAAUUGAGCAAAGCGUGGGACGACGGCGCUGAAAUGGCUUCUGGAUUUUCGUCAAAAUUUGCAAACGUUUUGUCGCACGGUGACCUCUGGCUGAAUAACAUGCUUUUCAAGGAUGACCCGAGCGGACAGGUCAAGGCCACAUUGAUCGACUUUCAAACUUACAAAUACGCGCCUCCGGUUUUGGACAUUUUGAGUUUCCUCCAUUUGAAUGCGAGUCGCAAAUUCCGGCAGAACCAUCAGUCGGAAUUGCUCAAAUUCUACCACUCGACUUUGGUGAAAAUUCUGCUCAAGGCGAAUGUUAAUCCCGAUUUGGCGCCUUCUCUCGAGGAAUUGGAAAAGUCUGCGUUUGAUCUGCGUCUAGCAGGGAUCUUCAUUGCAGUGAAGUACAUGCCAACAGCGCUGAAAACCGAAGUUACGCCAGCGGAGCAGCAUUUGAGUGCCGCCGAAAGAGAUGGAAUACCUCAGGAAUAUAUUCGAGACAGCUCCGACUUAAUUAUCCAAUCGUUCGGAAGUUCGCCAACGAUGAAGACGAGAAUGACUGAGGCCAUUGAGGAAAACCCAAACAAAUAUAUCAAAGUGCAACCGCAAGAUAAUAACUUUCAAACAAUGAGAAAUAGCUCGGCAGUCGCGAUGGAAAGCCCGAAACAAGCGUUCUUGAGUGCAAGUGAGGUGCAAACUGCCCUUCAAAAGGCAGUCGGACCGAAUGCGACCCUGAAGGGCUACACCCUGAAGCCCAUCAACGGAGGCGAAAGGGUUGGGUACUUUGGAGAGCACUUGAUCGUCCAGGUGCAAUACCAGGAGAGCCGCAUUUCCCAUCAGACCAGUUUCUUUGUCAAACGCGUUCCCGAAGCAAAUUCUUUCCGCUCCUUUAUUUCAAAAUUUGGUAUUUUCGCCAAGGAGCGCGAAAUUUACGAAAAACUGUUGCCGAUGAUGUGCGAUGCGCUGAAAAUAAUGAAAUUACCGGCCCCGGAUUGUUUGAUUAUCUGCGAUGACCAAUACCUGGUUUUUGAGGACUUGCUGAGGGCAGGGUAUAAAAUGAGGGACAAAAACGAGUACCUGAAAUUGGCCGAUUGCAAGGCCCUGAUCGAGGCCGUCGCCCAACUGCACGCCGGCAGCGUCGCCAUUGAGGCAAAAACCGGCAAAAUCAUGGCCUUCCACAUGAAAAACCACCACGAGGUGCUGUUCGUUAAGGAAAAAAGGGCUGACCUGGACAUCGCAGCCUCUUGGCACGCGGUCAGCCUGGCUUCCACCCUGGGACUUAUUUUAAAAAUGGACGAGUUCAAAGACAAAGUGGCUCAGGUGCCAAAAGAAAAACUUUCACAAAAAUUGAGCAAAGCUUGGGACGACAGCGCCGAAAUGGCCUCGGGAUUUUCGGCAAAAUUUACAAACGUUUUGUCGCACGGAGACCUCUGGCUGAAUAACAUGCUUUUCAAGAACGAACCGAGCGGACAGGUCAAGGCCACAUUGGUCGACUUUCAGAACUACAGAUACGCUCCUCCAGUUUUGGACAUUUUGAGUUUCCUACAUUUGACUACAAGUCGCAAGUUCCGGCAGAACCAUCAGUCGGAAUUGCUAAAAUUCUACCACUCGACUUUGGUGAAAAUUCUGCUCAAGGCGAAUGUUAAUCCCGAUUUGGCGCCUUCUCUAGAGGAAUUGGAAAAGUCUGCGUUUAGCUUGCGUCUCUUUGGGAUUGUCAUUGCAGUGAGGUACAUGCCAACAGCGCUGAAAACUGAAUUUACGCCAGCGGAGCAGCAAUUGAGUGCCGCCGAAAAAGAUGGAAUACCUCAGGAAUAUAUUCGAGACAGCUCCGACUUAAUUAUCCGAUCGUUCGGAAGUUCGCCGACGAUGAAGACGAGAAUGACUGAGGCCAUUGAGGAGCUUAUUGAUUUUCUUGAUCUAUAAAAGAAAAUAUUCUGCACGAGAUUAUUUUAUCGUACCUGAUACAUUUGAUUAAAAUUUAAAUUAAUGAAUCCUCAAAAUGUCUGCAAUUUAUACAUUCAUCAUCCUCAUGCUAUUUUAUUUUUCUUCAAAACGAGCGGCCGAGGCUAUUGAGGUGCUUAUUGAUUUUCUCGAGCUGCAGAGGAAAGAUUCCCCAGCACGUGACGAGUUGUAAAUGAACUUUAAGCGUUUGGCUUGUGUGUAUAAAAAGCAAUUAAACGCGCCGAGAUAAACUUGCACGAGAGUUCAUUACACGUGAGUGGAAACUUUCCCAAGACAUAUGU